GCGCGCGCGUUAGUGCUUAGUUUUCACGAUAUGCGGAGACGUUCCCAUGCGACGGGCCAAAGGUCUCGUCGGCGGUCGACGCCGCUUCUUCCUUCCACUUUCCGACUCCCAUCGGAAUCGUCAAACACGUCGAAGGCCGAAAAGCUCAAAUCGAACCUCUCUCUCUCUCUCUCUCUCUCUCUCUCUCUCUCUCUCUCUCUCCGGUACGCAAUCUCGAUCGGCGAGGUCGUCUCCCUCCUUUGCAAACGCCGUCGCGCUGUCAUCGCCGAACGCGAGCUCCGGGGAAUUCCGCGUUCGUUAGCUGAUUCUUGCCCCCGUUUCCUGUUAGCUUUCGACGUCGAGAAGAUGGACGUUCCCCUCCCGAUGGAGAAACUGUCGCCGAGAUCGUCCGAUGAACCGUGAGUUGCUCGGCUUUCUGAGGCUGAAUCGUUUUGAAAUUUUUGCGAAACCGUGUUCGGUUCCGGAUGCACGCGAGCAAGUCGCUCUCGUCCGUUCAUGAGAAACGGGUACGUGGUUCUGGUGGCGACCGGAAGUUUCAAUCCUCCUACUUAUAUGCAUCUGCGCAUAUUCGAGCUGGCAAGGGAUGCACUCAAUGCAGAAGGGUAUUCUGUCAUUGGAGGUUAUAUGUCACCUGUCAACAAUGCAUACAAGAAAAGGGGUCUCAUAUCAGCUGAGCAUCGGAUACGUUUAUGUCAUCUGGCCUGCAAGAGUUCUGACUUCGUAAUGGUUGAUUCAUGGGAGGCAAAUCAAAGCACCUCCCAACGCACUCUGACUGUUUUAUGUAGAGUGAAGAGUAUCUUGUGUCAGGAACGGCAGCUAUCCUUUGGUAAAUAUGAUUCCCUUAAAGUCAUGCUCGUUUGUGGUUCUGAUCUACUCCAAUCUUGUGGUGUUCCUGGAGCUUGGAUUCGUGACCAGGUAAGAAUUAUAUGCAAGGAUUACGGCGUGGUUUGCAUACGUAGGGAGGGACAGGAAAUUGAGAAGAUAAUUUCAGAUGAUGACAUUUUGAGUGAUUACAGGGAGAAUAUCAAAGUGGUGGAUGAACUUGUUCCAAAUCAGAUAAGUUCAACACGAGUGAGGGAAUGCAUUUCAAGAGGGCUUUCUAUAAAAUAUCUGACUGAAGACGAAGUGGUUGAAUAUAUAAAAGAACAUCAUCUAUACUUGAAGUCAAACGAAGAGUAGACAAAGGUAUUGCAUCUAAACUAUGCAGUCAUUUCUUUUGUUCUUUCUUGGAAGCAUUUUCCAAUGGCGAGCCCGAUAACCAUUGUUCAUAAUGUCAAGAUGGUGAACCUUGAUUCUCUGAUUUGAUCUCUGAAGCCAUAGGUUGAGUAACUAACAGAAGGCCCACUUGAUGCACUAUCUGAGUGUAGAUUUAUUCCUCCCAGUUUUUUUCUUGUACACUGGAUGCACCUGAAUAUACGGGCAUCUCUUGAACUUUUUUACUGCUCUUCUUUAGAAUUGGAUAUAUAUUUGAAGAAAUUUCUUUUUUCCA